AUUGAAUGCAUGCACACAGAUUGUUUCCCCCUUGCUAUAAAACUCCCCUUCUUAGCAACAUAGUCACACUCCUGCUUGUGCGUGUCAACUGAUCCCACACCUUCAUACAGCCAUGUCUGACAUAGAAGAGGAAUACGAAGACCAGGCAGAGGAGGAGGUAGAAGAGGAGGAGGAGGAGGAGCAGCCACACCAGCAAGAGGAGGAAGAGGAGGAGGAGGAGGAGUACGAGCACCAGCAUGAAGAGGAGGAGGAGGAGCAGCCAGUGUACGAGGAUGAAACGGAGGAGGAACGUCCUAAACCAAAACCAAUGGUGCCUCAAAUUGCCCCACCAAAGAUUCCAGAGGGUGACAGAGUCGAUUUUGACGACAUCCACAGAAAGCGAAUGGAGAAAGACAUGCUGGAACUCCACACGCUGAUUGACGUUCACUUUGAACAGAGGAAGAAGGAUGAAGAGGAGCUGAUUGGGCUAAAGGAGAGAAUUGAACGCCGUCGGUCAGAACGUGCAGAAAUCCAAAGAGUCCGAGCUGAGAAGGAGAAGGACAGACAAAACAGGAUUGCGGAGGAACGUCAGAGGAAAGAGGAGGAAGAGGCCAAGAAAAAGGCUGACGAUGAAGCCAAGAAGAAGAAAGUACUAUCUGGCAUGGGGGCCAAUUUUGGAGGCUUCCUGGCCAAGGCCGAGUCGAGGAAGGGCAAGCGUAUGACUGGCAGAGAAGUCAAGAAGAAGACGCUGGCCGACAGGCGUCAGCCACUCGGCAUUGAAAGCAUGAGGGAGGAUGGCCUAAGACAACGAGCCCAGGAGUUGUGGAACUGGAUCUACCAGCUGGAGUCUGAGAAAUUCGACUACAUGGAGCAUAUGAAACACCAGAAAUAUGAGAUUAUUGUGCUGCUUAACAGAAUUCAACACGCUCAGAAAUUUAAAAAGGUACACGGCAAAGGGAAGGUGGGUGGUCGCUGGAAGUAAAAAAAAAAGUGUAGAAUGAAGAGCCGUUCAUCAAAACCGAAGUAUUACAUGAGGAAGGACGCUAUUCUUCAAUCUAUAGUAGCUUUACAGCUUCCUUGUGCGUGAGACUGAUUGUUUAUUGAUAAUGUAUUAUAAUAAAACAACAUGAUCUCUGUGA